GGGGUGAGGGAGACGCCGCGGAGCGGGGAGGCGGCUGCCGGAGCACGGCGCGAGGGGCUCCGCGGCGCGCUGCUGCUUCCCGCCCAAAGAGUAAAUGGCGACUCGUGCGUGUGUGUUGUGUGUGUGCGCGGCAGGUGUGAGCGCCCAGCGCCGCGUCCCGGCCGCGCCGGCCGCCCCUCCCGCGCCCCUGCCCGCCAGGAAAAAUGCCCGGGGUCCUGCCGAGUGACAGCGCCGCGCCCGCCAGAGGCAGCCCCUCCAAGAAGAACAGGCUCUCGCUGAAGCUGUUCCAAAAAAAGGAAGCGAAAAGAGCGCUGGAUUUCACCGAGUCCCAGGAAAAUGAACAAAAGAGUUCGGAAUUCAGGGGCUCCGAGAUUGACCAGGUUGUUCCAGCAGCACAGCCUCCCUCGCUCGUUAGCUGUGAGAAAAAAGACAACAUGUUGCCUUUUGUGGGCCUGAACAAUCUGGGUAACACUUGUUACCUUAACAGCGUCCUUCAGGUAUUGUAUUUUUGUCCUGGUUUUAAAACCGGAGUAAAACAUUUGUAUAAUAUCAUUUCAAAGAAGAAAGAAUCUUUGAAGGAGGAUGGAGAGCAAAAAGCAGAAAAGGGAAGUUGUAAAGAAGAUCCACUGGCAAGUUACGAACUGAUCUGUAGUUUGCACUCGCUCAUUCUUUCAGUUGAGCAGCUUCAAGCCAGCUUUCUCUUAAACCCAGAAAAGUACACGGACGAACUUGCCACUCAGCCACGGAGGCUACUGAACACCCUCAGAGAGCUCAACCCUAUGUACGAAGGUUACCUGCAGCACGAUGCCCAGGAGGUUCUACAGUGUAUCCUGGGCAACAUUCAAGAAACAUGUCAGCUACUGAAGAAGGAAGAAUUGAACAAACUGCCUGUGGAAGAGCCUGCAGCUAAACUGGAGGAAAAACUUGAUCAAAAUACCGAGAGCAACGGAACUGGCAGCCCCGCUGAGGAGGAGGGCGAGAAGGUACCAAGCAGCCACCUUGGAGAGACAGCUGAAGACAAGCUGCUCAAAGGAAAUGGGAAAAGAAAAAGCGAUGCUGAGGGAGGCAAUGCAAAGAAAAAAUCCAAAGUAUCAAAAGAGCAAAUUACAGCAGAAGAAAAUCAAAGACAAACAAGGUCCAAGAGGAAGGCGACAGGAGAGAAGCUGGAAACGCCAGCGGAGGCCAUUGGCAGGUGCUGCAGUGAGAACGAGAGCGCCAAGCCCACGCAGAAGAAGUCCCGGCUCAGAUUGAACUGGUUGAAAUCUUCCUGCAAACAGCCCAGCAUCCUGUCUAAAUUUUAUAGUCUAGGAAAGUUAACUACAAACUUGGGAUCCAAAGAUCCAGGGAAAGAAUAUGAUGACUGUGAGCCUGAAGAAUCAUCUGUAAAGUGUGAAAAUGGUGAGAGGAUCAAAGAGGAAUAUUGUGAGCCAGCGUCUCCUGGGGAAAGCCGUAACGAAAAAGAGCCAAAAAAGGAAGGUACAGAGCUGGCUGUUUUUGAACUAGUGGAGAAACUGUUCCAGGGCCAGUUAGUACUGAGAACAAGAUGCCUGGAGUGCGAGUGCUUUACUGAAAGAAGAGAAGAUUUUCAGGACAUCAGUGUUCCAGUGCAAGAAGAUGAACUUUCUAAAACUGAAGAGAGUUCUGAAAUUUCUCCAGAGCCAAAAACAGAAAUGAAGACACUUAAAUGGGCAAUUUCCCAGUUUGCCUCAGUGGAGAGGAUUGUGGGAGAGGAUAAAUACUUCUGUGAGAACUGCCAUCACUACACGGAAGCAGAACGCAGCCUUUUGUUCGAUAAAAUGCCUGAAGUCAUAACAAUUCAUUUGAAGUGCUUUGCUGCUAGUGGCUUAGAGUUUGAUUGCUACGGUGGACUGUCCAAGAUAAACACUCCCUUGCUGACCCCCCUCAAGCUGUCCCUGGAGGAAUGGAGCACGAAGCCCACCAACGACACCUACGGGCUGUUUGCUGUGGUGAUGCACAGCGGCAUCACCAUCAGCAGCGGACACUACACAGCUUCUGUCAAAAUCACAGACCUCAGCAGCCUGGAGCUGGAUACAGGAAACUUCAUCACCGACCAAACGCACGAAAUGAUUAAGCCAGAGCCCCUGAACGAGGAGGAGGCCAGAACCGUGGCUGAAGACUACGACGACGGCGAAGUCUCCUUCAGAGUCAACGGGACCGCGCAGCCGGGGAAAGUCCUGAGCAAAAAGAACAUGGAAGCUGUGGGACUGCUCGGGGGGCAGAAGAGCAAGUCUGACUGUGACCUGUACACCAACAAGCCAGCUAACCCUGACAAGUUUCUGAACGUAGUUACUGAAAGCAGAAACCCCGAGGGCGGCAGCAGCAGUGGGAGCGCAGAGUGCAGCGCAGAGCACGGCCAGCACAACGGCAUCGCGUCCGGCGCACUGGAGAACAAAGCUCUCUACGUGCUGCAGAGCCUGAAGGAGUAUGAAGGAAAGUGGUUGCUUUUUGAUGAUUCUGAGGUGAAGGUCACGGAGGAAAAGGACUUUCUGACUUCUCUGUCCCCGACAUCGUCAUCUACAUCGACUCCUUACCUACUGUUUUAUAAGAAAAUUGUAGAGUGAUACUGUAUUUGGACUGUAAAUAUUAGGGAUUUGCAUACACUCAGUCUGAUUUGCAUCCAAAAAACACCUGGAAGAGGGAGCUGUCUGGUUUUUUGAAGCUACAGGAUCAUAACGUUUCUGGUCUUUUUGUUUGGUGUAAGUGGCUCAACGUGAAUUAACAAAACCAUGACACAGACCUUAACCUGCAUCAGAACUUCCCCGCUGGAGAAUAGUGGUGACGACCUUUUAGACGUACCCGUUUGUAUAGUCCCUGCAGGAUGCAUCCAGCACAGGGUAGUGGUUUUAACACAACUCUAGGUCUCACACAUGCCUCUUGUAUUAUUAGCUUUUUUAAAAAGAAAUAAAAUGUAUUUGUAUCCCUCUCCUGGAGUUCAAUGUACAUUAACCAGCAGCUGGCCUCGGAAGGUGUGUAUUUUUGUAAGUGGGGAAGUAAUGCUUAUUUAGUCUUCGGGGUAAGCGUUGUGGUUUAUUCUCCAGCAGUUCUGUACCACUCAGGAGCACAGCAGGAGGGUCCUGUAGCCUUGUGUGUUGGAAGGAACAGAACUCCAUAGAACCGCUUUGAAUGGUCUGAUUUGCAUCUUUGUUGCAUAGGUGUUAAAUGGGCAAAAGUGUAAAUAGGUGUGAUUAAUACUUCAAAAUGGGGGGGGGGGGGUUGUAGUGUAAUUAAAAUCAUUUUGUACUUCUAAGAGUAAAGGCCUCUAAUAUGCAUAUCUGGGUGGAUUUGGAACUUAGUGGUGAUCUUUUAACAGUUCAUUUGUACUUGGAGCUCCCUGAAGUGUGGGAGAAGCAUUUGGCUUGGAUGCUUUGUUAAUGUAAAUAUGAAAUAAAAAGUUUGAG